GCUGCCAGAGUGUGUUGCUUCCAGCCUUCCUUUCCAGCCGUCUGGACCCGAACUUCUACCGGUCUGCUUCCUCACGACAGCACCAGAGAUGUCUGAAAUAAAGAGAAAGAAGAAGCAAAGAAAGAAGCUGUAGGCUCAUGUACGACGGAGUUGGACAGCUGGGUGACCGACUCCAGGAAGCUCUCCUGCUGCAGCUGUUAGCCAAGGUGUCUCCACAGUCGAUGAUGGAAACACCAGAAGUCUUCUCACUUUACUGGAGGAAGUCCACUUCUCCUCCGGGCUGCUGCUGCCUUCAACUUCUCCUCGACGCACCACUUCAGUUCAUUUCGGACUGGAUACGACGAGCAGCUUUUACAACAACAACAUGGCUCUCCUUCCAAGAACAUUGCUACCACUGUUUCUCCACCUGUGCAUCCUCAACUGGACUGCGUGGGCCAAAGUGGAGCUGACUAUGCAUGAGGGCGUUGAGGUGUACCUGGGUGACUCGGCCCAGAUCCCAUGCCAGUACAACUUCACCGACAUCGCCAGCAAGCCUCGCUUUGUCAUGAUCCAGUGGUUUGUGAGAGCUGCAAGUAACGGCGCACGGAUGCGGAUCUUCUACGGCGACGGCACUCAGCAGAUGGUGGACGAGAACACAGACUACAGCGGUCGCAUCGAGGUGACUUCAGAGCAGCAGGGAUCUCAACUCACCAUCCAAGAUGUCCAGCUCUUUGACGAGAGGGAAUUCUUCUGCCAGGUUAACGGGCUGGCUGCUGGGAAUGCCGAGGGCAAGACCAACCUCAGAGUGUUUGCUCCUCCAGAGGCUCCAGUGAUCGAAGGUGUCCUUCCAGGAAUAUCCGUGACCAACGAGGUGCCGUCCAAGGUUGCAUCAUGUGAGGCUCGCAACGGUUUCCCUAAACCCAACAUCACCUGGUACAGGAACAGCAUUCCACUGAUGUCUGCACCAGGACAUGUGAACGUGUUGAUCCUGGUGACCCGGGAGUCCAGUAACUUCUACUCCGUCCAGAGCACUCUGGAGUACAAGGUAGUUAAAGAGGACAAGGACGCUCAUUUCUCCUGUGAGGUCAGCUUCUUUGUCCCGGGAGCCAUCAGGACGGUCGAAUCCAACAGCAUCAACAUCACUGUCCACUACCCCACCACCAUGGUGGAGCUGUGGAAGGAGUCGCCCCAGGGCUUGGUCAAAGAGGGGGAUACUGUGGAGCUGCGUUGCCAGGGUGACGGCAACCCCCCGCCGCCCUUCGUUUUCAACAGAGAACAAGAGCUGGACGUGGACCUGGAGAGUAACCACGGUGACGUGUUGAUGCUGUCGCCAGUGUCACGGAAAGACAGCGGCAUCUACCAGUGUCGCCCUCUGGACGCCGACGGCUCCACCGACGUCAAAGGAGAAAUGCAGCUCACUGUGCACUACUUGGACCCGGCCGUGGUGGUACCUAAAGACUCAGAGAUCAUGCUCAAAGGAGAAGAUCUGACUGCGACCUGCAACGCUCUGUCGUCCCUUAAAACAGCCACCGUCUGGUACAAGGAUGGGAAGCAGGUGGGUGUGGGGAACACGUUGCACCUGAAGGACGCCACCUACGAGACGACAGGAGAGUACAUGUGUGAGGUGACCGUUCCCUCGCUGCCCGCCCUGCACACCAGCGGCUCCGUCCACAUCAUCGUCCAAGGUGUUCCCCAGCUGGUGGGCGUGGAGCAGGAGGUGCAGCUGGAGGAGGCGACGGACAGGAUGGUGAACCUGAGCUGUGAGGCUCAGGGUCAUCCGCCACCCAGCAUCACCUGGAACAUCAUCGGCAGCCAGAACUGGCACGAGGUGGUGAGCAGGGCGAGCGAGCACACGGCCUACAGCGUGGUGUCCGUCAAAGUCACCUCGGACAUCAGCGCUCUGUGCAACGCGUCCAACGACAUGGGCACUGAAGUCAAAGCCUUCAGCGUCAAAGCCAUUCCCCGAGUGACUUCAGCUGCUCCCUUCUCUCCUGCUGAAGGCAGCGGCGUGAUCAUCGUGGUGAUCAUACUGUGUCUGCUGCUGCUCGCCAUCCUCGGCAGCGUCCUCUACUUCCUGCAUAAGAAGGGGAAGAUCCCCUGCGGACGCUCAGGGAAACAGGAGAUCAGCACCAAAGAGAAGACCACCAAAGACGACAUCGUCGUGGAGAUGAAGACCAACACGAAGAACGAGGAAGCUGUCCUCCUAAAGGCCGUCAACGGAGACAAGAAGGGCCCCAAUGACCAGUAAAGCCCCUGACGGUUCAUCAGUGAUGUCGUGCAGCAGGAAGCAGCACAACAUGAAGCCAGCAGUCAGUGAGUGAGUGAUGCUGCCACUGAUCUGAGACCUGUAGGGUAACACCACCUCACAGUCCGGACAUUCCCCCAUCAUGCUUUUCUUCUCAGCAGUAUUCAGUAGAUACACACACAUCACACACACACACAUCCACACCUUACACACACACACAGGUAUGUAUGUACAGAUGUUCUUUUGAAUGAGUGUUUGCUUCCCCGACGUUCAUUUUGUUUUGUACUGUUUCCUCAAACUGUGUUCAGCUCUCGGCGGUUGUUCAGCGUGCGUUCGAUGGUGUCUCUCACGUGUGCAUCAUCAACUUUUCUUUUUUUCAAUGAAAGUGUAUAUAUUAUAUAUAUAUUUUGUUAUUUAAGAUAUUUUGGCACUCAGAUUUUCAUUUCAUGGUGUAGCGUUUCUGGGGUCAUGUGCAUGUUGAUCAUGGAGUCCAGGCGAGUUUCAGGACAGGACGUGAUGUCAGAGACCAAAACGCCAGCUGCUCCUCUGUGGCGGCUCUUUACUGUUGGUUCACAGUCACACUGAGGGAAGGCUCGCCAGUGUGUUUACUCUUGAUUGACAACAAUAUUUGCAGAAAUUGAUGUUUAAAUUCACCAAAAAAUGACAAAUACUCUGAGGUGUUUCCCCCAGAAUCACUUAAAAAUACGCAGGAUAAUCAGUCAGACACACUGGCAGCCUUCUUCUGCAAACUGCUGUCAAGCCCUUGUACUGUUUGUAAAUACAUGGUAGUGUACAGACCUGCUAGAGGAGGCCUUGGACUGUUACUGAAGGUGAAAAAGGUCAAAGGUUAGUGAUCUGCUGUGCCUGUGUUUUGAGGAUGCAUCAUACACUGAAUUUGUUUUGUUUCUUUGGUUUGGUGUUUUCUUUGUGUUUCCACUGAGAGCUCGUUGGGCCUGAAGAAGCGUCCCAGUGUUAGUGCAUGUUUCAUAUGUUUACUUCACAUAGAGCGCUGCUGACCGUUCUGCCAUACUGGUCAACUUUGAGACCUUAAAAAAAGGGAGGAAAAAAAAAGAAAAUUGGAAUAAAAAUAAAGAAA